UGUCGUUAGUUACCAGCUCUUGGCUGCAUUCUCUUUGACCUCAAACCUCAAACCUUGUGGAAGUCUAGGAAGUUGGAUCCACUUCGUUGCUUCAUCGUCCUUGAUCUCCAGCAUUCACCAUGACAUUACCACUCCCAUCUACCAUGAAGGCGGCCGUUCGAUCAGGGUGGACAGGCUUUACAUUGAGCUUUGAUGACGAGUUUCCGACUCCUGCAUUGUGCGGUCAACCCGAUAAAGUUCUGUUGAAGGUUCAUGCGGCUGCCUUGAAUCCAGUGGAUUACAAAUUGCCCAAACUGGUUCUGGGGAGUGUUUUUGGAUCGGACCUCUGUGGGACGAUUGUGGAAUUACCUCCCAGUUAUAGUGGAGACUUGAAAGUGGGGGAUGUGGUAGUUGGCACGGGUGCGGGUUCUUUGGCCGAGUAUACCAUUGCGGACGUGUCCAGAGUCACCAAGCUUCCGGCUCAUUGGUCCCCGGAAGAAGGUGCAGGGCUGCCGGUAGCCUGUGGGACAGCCUUGGCAGGGUUUCAAACAGCGGGAAUGUUGCCGGAAGACUUAUCCAUGCCCGACAAACCGCUCAUUUCGUCCCUUCUUGUGAUUGGAUCCAGUGGGGGAUGCGGACUCACGGCUCUACAGUUGGCCAAAGGCUUGACAAUUCCUCGUGUUAUUGGAAUUUGCUCUAGCAAAAAUGCCGACUUGUGCCGAACGCACGGGGCCACGGAGAUUGUGCCCUAUGAUGACCAGGAUCAAAUGGACACCUUCUUGAAGGAGAAUGCUGGCAAAGUAGAUGUCAUCUACGAUGCAGCAUCUGCCAGUGGCGGCGUUGGAGAAGAUUAUUGCGACAAUCCACUUGUAUUGGCACUGCUUUCCAACGAGGCAAAUACUGCUUCUCCCUACAUCCUGCUGAAUACUCCGAUUUUGAAGGGAGCCAAAAUGUUGGCUUUCGGGAACGUCCUUGGAUUCAAGCUUCAACAAAGCAUCGUAGUAGGUCCAAAAUUCCACGAUGCAGGACUACAGCUGGGUAUCGAGAUCCUGGAUAAGGCAGGGUUAAAGCCACUCAUCAACACUUCCCAGGGUUUGACCGAGACUUCAGUAGUGGAGGGCUACAAGAGUUUGAAAAGCCGAAGAACCAAAGGCAAAAUUGUCAUCUCCAUCUCGAGUCCAGAGUAACGGCAGUACUUUAGAAGGCAUUCUCUUUUGUUGGCGAAGUCCAGUGGCUGCCUUCCAGCUAACCAAUGAUAGACACAACCUCAGAUAGAUUUACUGUACGGUAGUAUUAUCUUAGAGCUAGCGACUUGAUCUAUGCUGCCAAAGCAAACAUCAUGCUAAUGCAUUGCAAUUUAUUUAUGCUCCUUCCUCUGGCA